AUGCACACGAAAGAAUCGCCGUCCACCAACCCCCAGGAAACUUGGGACCUGGUCAAAGAACUACGUGCACAGAAACUUACUGGCUUCGUACCGGAUCGAUUAGCUUCUGUAUGCACUCAGCUUGCUGAAUACCAAACAGAAAUGGCUUAUAUACAAUCUCUCAAAGCUGGUGUCCGCUGGAGAGAACACGGAGAAAAAUCAGUGGGCUACAUCAAACGGACUCAUCAACAACGCCAAGCGCAACGUGCUAUCGUCGAACCACAACAUCCUGACACUGGUACGCUGGAGAACUCGCUUUAUCAUAUGCACGAAGCAGCAUGCACUUUCUACCGCAAUCUUUAUACUUCAGCAUCGAUUGAUGAUUCUGCCGUCGACGACCUCUAG